UAAAGUAGCCGACAGCAGAGAUUGAGACAGAGACCAACAGGGGAUGGCACAAGGUGGAAUCUACAGGAGGUGCGAAGAACCCGAGAACCUGGAAAUCAACGAGAAAAUGGAAAGCUUCUCAUCAAGAAAAGCAGGUGGUUUCCUGCUGCAACAUUGCAGGUGUGGUUCAAACGAAACAUCCAUAUCCGUCCUUUUCAUUGUGACUGCUGCCUCAUUUCUGCUGUGGACCAUAAUCUCUGCUGUUUUGAUUUCAAAAAGUUUGGAGAUGUCUACGCAACUAGAACAGCUGCAUGCCAAUCAGUCCAUGCUGCUAACAAACGGCUCCAAGAUGGAGAAACGGCUAGAGGAGAUUCAUUCUAGUCACUCUUCAUCUGAAUCUGAGCUAAGUAAGGCCCUGAAGGCACUGGAAACUAAAUAUGAGGAGUCACAGAAGAAUGGGAAUGAAAAGCUGCGUGAACUAUCUAGAGACAGCAGCCGUUCCUUGGCUGAAAUUGAUAAGAUAGAGGAUGCACUACUGAAGAUUAAUGCUUCAACCUGCCAAGUUUGUCCAAAGGGCUGGUUGUUCAACAAAGGAUCAUGCUACAGUUUUCAAGUAAAGCCUGGACCAUGGUCCCAUGCCAGGAAGGCGUGUGAGGAUGAACGUGCCCUUUUGGUUAUUAUCAAUGAUGAGGAAGAGCAGAGUUUUCUCGUAUUACACCUAAAACAAAAAUACUACUGGAUUGGUCUCCAAGACAUUGAAACAGAAAACAAAUUUACCUGGGUGGAUAGAAGUACUGCAACUUAUACCAAGUGGGGUGCAGGGGAGCCGAACAAUUAUGGCCACGGGGAGGACUGUGUUGAGAUGACACCUAGAGGCUGGUGGAAUGAUGUUCCAUGUGGCAACAACAUAGAUGGCUGGAUCUGUGAAAAGCCAUGGAGCUGCUAGCUGUGUGGCCAGCAGGAAGAGAACUCGACAUGAGCCAAUCAUCGUGACUCCCUCGCUCUGCUCUUCAUUCUCACAGACCUUCCAACAGUCACUUCUGGCUAGUGGGUGGGCGUAGCAAUCGCCAUUACCAGUUCAUUAAAACUGAGGUGAUGAAAUCCAGCCAGUAUUACAUCAGUGAGUCAGUAGAAAGCUAGGACUCACCAUACGAUUUUUAGCUCUUGUCCAUAACCCACUAGAACUCACUGUCUUCCCUGGGAAUAAAAGCCGGGAAAAUAGCUGGGGAUAAAAGCCAGAGUUCUUGUCUUCCAUCCUAGCCCCUCUUCCUUCUAUAAUAACAUGCUAGAUUAACCUAGUUCUCACAUUCACAAAUUCAAAACCUAAUGAAACAUUCAUUGAAAAGCCCAAUAAUUUAGCAAGUUCUCUCUCCCCCCCCCAGCACAUGAAAAGGAGAGGAUGAUAUCUGAGACAGGGCCUUCUUGGGAGUGGCAUUUCCAGGCAUGAGCCAGGGGGUGGGGGAUGGGGGACAGCUGCCCCCUUUAGAUCAAAUAAAACAAUAGAAAUACUUAACUAACUGACCAAUCACAUUGGUUCUUCCCUACACUAACAAAAGUCCUGACCCCCUAACAAAAAUCCUGGCUACGCCCAUGCCUCCAGAGAGGUCUAUUUGAUCCCUACAUUUUUAUUAUUUCAUUGCUAGCAGAUCUUUUUCUCUAUUUUCCUAGGUUUUAAAAUCUGAAUUCCCCCAUGAAGCUCUUAUGAUGCUCUUCUAAGAUUUCAGAUCCUUUUGCUUUUUUUAAAAAAAACUCUAUCUUCUGGGUUGUUGACACACUAGCCCUUAAUUUUAAUUUUUACAAUAAAAUACAAGGUGUGGACAUGAAAAUUUAUUUAAGGUAUUACAAGGCAUCUGCGUCUUUAAACACUUUUAAUUUGCACACUAGUCCCUUUUGAUUGCCUUCUGUUGAUGCCAACUACUAGGUUAACGAAGAAUAUCUUGUUAACUGCCCCUUGAGUAAUCUCUCUCUUCAUGUCAGUUUCUGUUCCUGCAAGAGGAAAGAUCCCUUUAAUUAUUGGAUCUUUCUCUUGUUUUGUUCUUCGUUUGUUUGCUUUUCUCUUUAAAAUAGUGAAAUGGUACUACAAUAAACUACUUUCAUGUUUUUCUGACUUUAACCCAUGGCUGCCACCAAGAAAAGAAAGCCAGUGUUUUAAAAUUUAGGCUACCUUCUCUAGGCAAUGUCCUCCAUGGCUGCUGUUGCCAUGAAGAGAAGGAAGCCUACAUGUUAAAAACAAAAAACAAAACAAAAAAUGAAACAGAACAAAACAAAAAACCAGCUGCAGUUUUCCUUCUCAGCGAGGCAUAAAAGGAGGUGAGGUUGUCAGAUUGGUGGGGGUGACAAGCAGUGCAAGAAGGGCCAUAGCUCCUCAUCCAUCCAUCUAUCCAUCCAUCCAUCCAUCUCUAUGUGUGCAAAACUUAGUAUUUAAAGCUCCUCAUUCCAUGGGAACAGAAACUGACAUUACAGUAAACAGGAGAGCCUAUAGGAGCAAAUAGAAGGCUAUUUGUAAUUCUCCCACCAGGAUUGCUAGAAAAUAAUAAAAUGCAAUGGAUUUGUAAUAAAUAAUCCUCCAGUUGAUGUUGCCACUAGCCUUUGCAAAAUGGGUUUUAACUUAUGUAUAAUAGUAGAUGAGGAUCUUUGUAAUUCUCUAUUCUUUCAUUUGCUGUGGAUUGUGGGAAAGCAAGGUUCAGGAGCACUCAAGUGCGCAAGUGUUCUUCGGCAGUUAUUAAAUCUCCUUUGAUGCUUCACCAAACUCAAAUCUGAGGCUUUCUUAGAGGAAACUAAGUUCCUUCUUUUUCAGCUGGCAUUUGGUUUCUGUAGUUGGACCACAAAGAGGUCUAACGUUGCUCAACUGUUUGUACAAAUGGUCCUGCAUAAAAUAAAAUAAAAAGUGACUAAUGUGUUUA